AUGGCAAAAAAAACUAACAAAGCUGAAGCUUCAUUUCAUGGAUGCAAAGAAGUUCUCUCAGAUAAGAAAGCUAAACGUGAUGAUGGACGUACUAUAUCGAAGGAAGAAGAGGAAAAAGCUUUUGAACCAGAAAAUGAAGAUCCCCAAAAAGAUGCAUCAAAUCCGUGUUUAAAUUGUGAAAAGAUGCAAAUUGAGAAACUUAUACUUGAUAUAAAGAUGAGUGAUUUGGAAAAGAGAAUAAAGCAAUAUCCAAGAGUUACUAGGCGCGGCUUACAAAUAGGUGAUUUGAAACAGUUAGCAAAAAGUCUUCAUGAAGAAUAUAAUCAAAUUAGCACAAAUUGCAUGGCUAAAAUAGAAACAUUGGAGAGUAGAAUCCGAGAGACUAAACUGGAUGUAGAGCAGUGGAAAAAAAAACUGUUUGAUAUUAAAGAGCGAAUUUCGAUUCUCAAAUUGUCAUUGAAAAUAGAAAGCUCUAAAAACUCAAAGUUGGAAAAAACAGUUAAGGAGAUCGAGGCAGGCUUUUUGGCACGACUUGACACACAAAAAAAAAAUAUUGAAAAUUUUACAGAAAGUAACUCAUUAGUUAAAAGAGAUGUGUGUGCUGCAAUGAAAACAAAACUUUUGCUACAGAAAGCAGAAGUAAGAAGGCUAAAUACACAAAACAGCAAACUUAGUGAAUACCUUGAAAAAGUUGAAAAUGUAAAAAAAACGUCUGCUGAUAGAAAUGAGAAUAUAUUUUAUCGUUUGAUGGAAACAAGAUUAAGAAAAGUAGUAAGCACAAUACGAAAUGAAGCUCGUAACUCGAAUUUUACGUGGAUAAGGGAAGAAAGUCUAGUACGUAUAGCAGAUAAAUUUGAAAUUGUAGUUGAAACGAUAUUGGAGAAAGAACCGAGCCUAGCAUAUUUCAUUAAUCGCUUGAAAGCAUAUGAUGAACAAGAAAUGAAAAAGAUACAAAAGGACGACGCUGCACAAGUAUUACGUUCAGAUGUUAAGAAAAUGUUGCAAGAAUUUUUGAAAACACAAAAAUCCAAAAAUGAUGCAGAAAUAUUAAAAUGUUAUAAUUAUUUGUACACUGUCGAAAAGAAAAUUGAGAGAAAACUACAAAAACGCGUUGAAGAGCUGGAUCAUUUGAUUGUCUUGGUUGAAAAUUACCAAGCUUGUCCCAAUAUUUUGAAACUUCAAAAAUAUAUAGACUACACUGAUAAGAAGCUUGUGACAUUUUUCAAAGAAAUGAAGCAAUUUGUCAAGCUUGAAACGGAUAUCAAAAGACGAUCUCUAAGAAGAAGAUUAGGAUCUACUGCUCAUGAUGAUGAUGACUCUGACUUUCUGCAAAAGGAGAAUGAAGUUCCAAAUAGAUCUUCUCAUAGAAAACGUGAAGAGGACAAUGCAUCAUAA